AUGGGUAUCGAAAACAUCACCAACGACCAUGACACCGAGAAGGUGAUGGGGACAGACGGCGAGAAGGCCUUCACUCCUCCACCGCCAUUUGAGGGCGACAUGGUAGGGGAAAUGAGUGAGGCCGAGAGGAAUCUCUAUGAUCACGGCAUCCAGAAGUUCAAUCGUCUUGGAUGGAAGCGACUUACCAUCGUCCUCAUCGUCGAAGCCAUUGCGCUCGGCAGUCUCUCGAUUCCCUCUACCUUUGCCACCCUCGGCAUGGUCGCCGGUGUGAUCUGCUGUGUCGGUCUCGGUCUCAUCGCCAUCUAUACCAGCUACCUCGUGGGAAUGGUCAAAUUGGCUUUCCCCGAGGUUGCCCAUUAUCCCGAUGCGGGACGGUUGAUGGGCCGCCGGUUUGGAUGUGGUCGCUUUGCAUACGAGCUUGUCAAUGCGAUGCUCUGUCUCCAGUUAAUCUUCCUCACGGCCUCGCACUGCCUGACAGGAACCAUUGCAUUCCUUGACAUCACCAGGAGUGGUGUUUGCUCCAUCGUUUUCGCUGUAGUAUCCGCUGUCCUCCUGCUGUUACUCGCCAUCCCGCCCAGUUUCACCGAAGUUGCCAUCCUAGGCUAUGUUGAUUUCGCAUCCAUCAUCAUUGCUAUCGGAAUUACAAUUAUUGGUACAGGUGUGAGGGCGACCAACUCGCCCGAGGGACUCGCCGGAGUCGCGUGGUCUGCGUGGCCUAAGGAGAACAUUACGUUUACCGAAGCAUUCAUCGCAGUGACAAACAUCAUCUUUGCGUACAGCUUUGCCAUGUGCCAGUUCUCCUUUAUGGAUGAGAUGCAUACCCCCAAGGACUUUAUCAAGUCAAUCUGGACCCUCGGUAUCACUGAAAUCGUCAUCUACACGGUGACUGGUGCUACAAUCUACGCCUUUGUCGGCCAGGACGUGUCUAGCCCUGCGCUUACCUCCGCUGGGGACCUCCUUAGCCGCAUUGCCUUUGGCGUCGCUCUACCUGUGAUCUUUAUUAGUGGUUCGAUCAACACCGUUGUAUUUGGACGUGUGGUUCACGGUCGCAUUUUCGCCAACUCCCCUAUUCGCUUCAUCAAUACCAAAAUGGGAUGGUUAACAUGGCUGGGGGUGAUUACGGCUGCCACUAUCUUGGCGUUUAUCAUUGCCGAGGUCAUUCCUUUCUUCAAUGACUUGCUGUCCAUCUCGUCUUCUCUUUUCAUUUCCGGGUUCACUUUUUACUUCCCCGCCAUGAUGUGGUUCAUGCUCCUUCGUGAGGGCAGUUGGAAGGAGCCUAAGAAUCUGCUUCUGGGCGCUGUCAACCUUGUUAUCUUUUUCAUCGGUUUGGUUGUUCUUGUUGGAGGAACUUACUCCAGUAUCGACGACAUUAUCAUUAAGUACGAUAAGGGAGAGGUUGGUGGUGUCUUCUCUUGUGCAGCUCCUAUGUAA